CUUGCAAGGUGGCAGGCCUCUGGCUGGCCUAGCAUGCAUAAUGACCAUAUCAGAUAUACACUAGGAUUGAGGCCAUUCAGAUUAUAUCCAAAUAAAGUGGAUAUGAGUGACCUGAAGCUAGUCCCUGUGAACUUCUCUUGUCAACGCUGUGGGCAACCGCUAAGACUUGAAGCAGGAUUCUCUGCUCUGAGUGAACAUACCCUUGCAGAACUUUCACUGGCUGUAGGUUCUUCAGUGAAGUUUCCUACUGGGCCAUCAGGUGAGGCUGCUGCAACAUGCAAUCUCAUCAGUCCAGCUGUGAGACUGAGUGAAGGCAACAAUGGCAACAAUGGAUUCACUUUUGUGGGAAAUACUGGAGAAGUUGAAAUUGUCAGCCAUCAACUCAAGGUGCAAAUAGAGCUGAUGGAUCUCAUGUCAAACACAUCAGAAAUUGAUCACCCAUUGUGUGGUGAUUGCUGUGAUGUACUUGUGGACCUUCUAGAAGGAGAACUACGGGAAUCUGAAGUGGAGCUUCAAGAAUAUAAAGCAUUACUAACACGGUUGCAGAGUGAACAUAGUGUUGGGAAAGAUAAAAGCAUAGUUCAGCUUCAGACUGAUCUUGAAAAGAUGAAGCUUGAGGAGGAAGCUCUUAAAAAAGAAUUGAAGCUGUUGCAAGAGGAAGAAGAGUCCCUGAGAAAGGAUAUCAGAAAUCAGGAGGAAGAAAAACAUCGUCUGGAAAUAGAAGAAGAGAGAUACUUCAGAGAAUAUGCCAAAUACAAACAGGAAGCCAUGGUGCUGGAGGAUGAAUGUCGAAGUGUGGAUAAUCAGCUGCGAUUCACUCAGAUGCAAUUGGACAAGCUAAGGAAGACAAAUGUGUUUAACGCAACCUUCCACUUAUGGCACAAUGGACAUUUUGGGACAAUUAAUGGCUUUCGACUGGGACGUCUCCCAACUGUGCCUGUGGAAUGGUGGGAGAUCAAUGCUGCAUGGGGACAAACAGCUCUGCUUCUCAGUUCCCUUGCAAGGAAGGUCAGCCUCACCUUCAAGAGAUACAAGCUCUGCCCUUAUGGAAAUUACUCUUACAUCCAGACCCUGGAGGACCAGAAGAUUCUCCCCCUUUAUGCCUAUGGAGGAUUUCGUUUCUUUUGGGACAGCAACUUUGAUGCUGCAAUGGUUGCAUUCCUUGAUUGUCUCCAACAGUUCAAGGAUGAAGUGGAGAAGUCAGGAUUCCGUCUUCCUUAUAAAAUGGAGAAAGGAAAAAUUCAGGAUGGAUCUCAGAACUCCUAUUCUGUUAAGUAA